CGCCGCCGCAACAAGAGAAGACCUUGCUCGGCCUCGCCGCCGCCGCCGCCGCUACACCUGUUGAGUCCAGCACCAGAACCUUCCGUCUGUCAGUGGGCUGCGGCGCCGUCGGAUGAAAGGCGGUAGGAAGAACCUGCAGCACACGUGCGAGGAGGGCACCGCGGUGACGCUGGCGGAGGGCGAGAGCAUCAUGCAGGUCGUCACGCUGCGCGGCUCCAACCUCAUCGAGGUGACGGACGGCGAGGGCGUCAAGUCUCUCGCCCUCUUCCCCGCCAAGUUCCAGACGAGCUUCUGGAUCAAGAACGGACAUGAAUGUGCAGGGAAUUUCGUGGUUGUGGAUGCUAGUGGGAGGGACGAGGCUCUCGAAUCUGGAAGUAGGAAUUUACUUGAUGGAACCAGGGUUGUUACUGAUUCACUCGAUCUUUGUUAUGCCAGGCCGGCUAUCUUCAAGUCGACUCCCAAUGGGUGGACGACAGGGCCAGAGGGAACGACAUCGCAGGCUGAGGAAGAGCACAACUCCAAAGAAGAAGAAGACGAUGAUGAUAUGCCACCACUCGAGGCGAACACAAACAGGAAUAGACCGUUUGACGUGCAUUCUGACACAGAGAGUGAUUCUGAUUCUUAAGCUGGUAGACGACGUGGGAAUAGGAGCCGUGGACGAUGUAUGUCAUCCUAUAUAUGGUUACC